AUGAUGAGCAAAAGAAAGACAGGCAAGGGCCCCAGGUCACAAAGGGUAUCCAAAAACGAUUUCUAUCAUGCUCCUGUAAGCCUUGUCCAAAAAGGACAGGGAAAAGUGGACAAAAUCUGCCCAUUUGAUGCUUGUGCCUCUUUGGGUCUGUUGGACGACGAUGACAGCGACAAAAUCGCUGAUGAUGAUGAGGAUAACAAGAAGCCGCACAGUCAGAAAGCAAACUGGGAUUCCUAUUAUAUCAGUAGUUAUCCUGUCCCACAAGAACAAGCGAAAAUGGUCCAAUCUUGCCCAUUCUCAGCAGCCUUCUCCUUUUUUACCUUUGGUGGCAAGAAUGGAAUCGCUGACAGACAUGAGGCCCCUCUUUGGAAGCAUGGAAGCCCCGCAACGCCUUGUAAGGUAUCAAGGCUUGCUGAGACGGCCGGACCUUGGGAGCAUGUGGCCCUUUUGACGAUCAUAAUAUGUUCUACCAAUUGGAUGCCCUCUCCUUUGCCGACUCCUUGCAACAAUCCAACCCUUGGCAAGGACCUAUUGCAAAGCAAUUGCUAUCGGUUCCUUCACCCUCCUGUCGAUUGGCAGAUGCCUCGAUUUGAUUUCACUUUAUGGAUGUUCAAAUGUUGGCAUUCUUCCCUCCUAUAUCCAGGCAAUUCACCACUUAUCUGCGGCUUCACCAUGCCAGGACACAACCUACUGGCUCUGACCCUCUUUGCUUCUCCUUAG